UGACGGUCCUGGUGCAUGGCGGGGGCCCUCAGACGCCGGAAACGGCGAAAAGCCUCCGUCCUGCUUUUGCUCAAUGCGCUAGAGGUCUGGGUAAGCCCUGCCACGUGGUGCAGCUGUCCGUGCAGGCAGUGGGUGUCCGAGAUGGCGACCACGCGGCAGCAGCGCGGGAACGCAUCCUCUCGGGCGCAGGGCGCGACCCUGCGCGUCCAACACCGCACCCUCGAAGUCCGCGCGCGCGGAACGGUCGACGAGGGCGCUGACGUCCUCGAUCUCGUCGAGGGCCAGCGGGACGCGGACGCGCCAGCGGCACGGUGAGCUGCCUGGCGCAGCCCCGGGAGCGCCGGCCAUGGCCCGCCGUCGGGGGCACCACGCGGAGCCCCCAGGGGCUGGCGCGCGAGGAUCGCAGCGCGGUCGACGGC